UAUUAUUUAAACAGUUAAAACAUUUAACAUAACUAAUGAAGUAAUUUUAAUUAAAAAUAAAAAAUUAUAUAAAAUUAAUACAUAAAUGAUUAAUCUAUUAAUAUUUUUAAUUGGUUCGGGGGCUUUAGUGACAGCCGGACCGGUAUAUAAUUUUGUAUGUCCUCCCAGUGAUGACUGUACGAUAACACAGUGUUUGUAUCCCAAUCCGGACAAUUGCAACACCUUCUGGCACUGUACUCAAGAUAAGCGGCCGUACCUUAAGUACUGUCCGGCAAAUCUUGAGUUCAAUGAUUUUAUCAAAGUAUGCGACUGGCCAUCGGAUCAGACAUGUAUACCAGCCUAUACUUUCCCUCCAUCGUCCACAACAACAAGUAGUCCAACAACAAAUACAACUACACAAAGACCAACAACUCCAGAGCCGACCCAGAGUUCAACACAAGAGCCCACACGUGUACCGACCUCUCAAUCAACUCAUGGAUCAACACAGAGCUCAACCCAAAAUCUAACAGAGUUUAGUUCAACUCAAGAGCCUACAAGUGUUUCUACACAAACAUCUACAGACAAAACAAGUCAAGAAACAACACCUGAACCAACACGAGAACCUACCAGUGCUUCAACUGAAAAAAGUACUCCACAACCAACCAGUGAACCAACACGAGAGCCAACACGUGAACCUACCAGCCCUUCAACUGAAGAAACAACACCACAACCAACAUCAGAGGCAACACGAGAGCCAACACGUGAACCUACCAGCCCUUCAACUGAAGAAACAACACCACAACCAACAUCAGAGGCAACACGAGAGCCAACACGUGAACCUACCAGUCCUUCAACUGAAGAGACAACUCCAGAACCAACACGAGAGCCAACUCGUGAACCUACCAGUCCUUCAACUCCAGAGACAACCCCAGAGACAACUCCCGAGACGACACCAGAACCAACACGAGAGCCAACUCGUGAACCCACCAAUCCUUCAACAGAAGAAACAACUCCAGAGACAACUCCAGAACCAACACGAAAGCCAACUCGUGAACCUACCAGUCCUUCAACAGAAGAGACAACUCCAGAACCAACACGAGAGCCAACUCGUGAACCUACCAGUCCUUCAACAGAAGAGACAACUCCAGAACCAACACGAGAGCCAACUCGUGAACCUACCAGUCCUUCAACAGAAGAAACAACACCAGAAACAACUCCAGAGACAACUCCAGAGACAACUCCAGAGACAACUCCAGAGACAACUCCAGAGACAACUCCAGAGACAACUCCAGAGACAACUCCAGAGACAACUCCAGAGACAACUCCAGAGACAACUCCAGAGACAACUCCAGAACCAACGAAAGAGCCGACUCGUGAACCAACACGAGAGCCUACAACACAACAAACAACUCAAGAAUCAACACAAAAGUCUACCAGUUCUGAACCCUCGAGCAAACCGACAACUUAUAAGCCAACUGAUGAGACACCGACUGAAACUACCAGUGAAAGCAGUGUCAGACCGUCAACAGAUAAACAAACCGAAGAGCCGCCGCCGACUACUACUACUGAAGACCCAACAGAAGAGCCCACAACUCAAGAACCUACUAAAAGGCCAACGAGUCAGAGACCAACUCAUGAACCAACUGAAGAAACGACAACUGGAAGUACUUCUGAGGCCACAACACAUGAAACAACUCAAGAUACCACACAGGAGACUACACAAGAGCCUAUCAGUUCAUCAUCAAAACCUAUCACUAGUAGCCGUCCGACGACAAGUAGACCUACAGGUGCGCCGUUUGUCUGUCCGGUCGAAGAUAUAGAGCAAACACAAUGCAGAGGACCGAAAGAUUGUCUGUAUCCCAAUCCUGAUAACUGUAUUACAUUCAUACAGUGCACUGUCAAUGCCGAUGGCACUGGUAGUCCAGAGGUGAUGCCCUGUCCAUCGGAUCUCGAGUGGAACAACAACAAGAAAGAGUGCGAUUAUAAACAAUUCUCUACGUGUCCAGAUAGAUUUACACCCAGACCAUCAACAACACAGAGACCAUCAACAACACCAACUGCUAGACCAACCACUGCUGAGACGGAAACACCGACUGACUCACCAACAGACGACCCAAUCAAUACUACUACUUAUGAGCCAACACAUCAAACUUCCGAAAGAACUACAUAUGAACCGACAGAUAGGCCGACCACUAGUGAACCGACGAAAAAGCCCAUAACUACCACUACUUCGGAACCGACUGAAGAGCCCAUAACUACCACUACUUUGGAACCGACUGAAGAGCCUAUAACUACCACCACAUCUGAACCAACCAAAGAGCCCAUAACUACCACCACAUAUGAACCAACCAAAGAGCCCAUAACUACCACUACUUCGGAACCGACUGAAGAGCCCAUAACUACCACUACUUUGGAACCGACUGAAGAGCCCAUAACUACCACCACAUCUGAACCAACCAAAGAGCCCAUAACUACCACCACAUAUGAACCAACCAAAGAGCCCAUAACUACCACUACUUCGGAACCGACUGAAGAGCCCAUAACUACCACUACAUCGGAACCAACCGAAGAGCCCAUAACUACCACUACAUCGGAACCGACUGAAGAGCCCAUAACUACCACUACAUCGGAACCAACCGAAGAGCCCAUAACUACCACUACAUUGGAACCGACUGAAGAGCCUAUAACUACCACUACUUCGAAACCGACAGAUAAGCCAACUGAACCGUCAACCAGUGAGAGAACCGAAGUGCCGACAAUUACUAGUACUAAAAAACCUAUAACUGAAACAACAGCUACCAGUGCUCAGCCGUCGUCUAGUUCCAGACCUACGAGUCCAUUCACAACAGUGCGACCAUCGACACCGUUACCUACUUGUCGUCCCGUUGACGAUGACGACGAAGAAGCCGACGCUGAUCUAAAUCUGGCGCAACUGUGCGGCACUGGUUGUCAACAAAAACGAUUGACUGUUAACCCGAAUAGUCAGAAGCGAUAUGUCGAGUGCAACGGCAGCACCAAUAGAGCUGUCCAUACGGUGCGAAAGUGUUCGCCCGGUUUGCUAUUUGACCCAUCGUUGUUGACUUGCAAUUAUGCCGGUCUUGUUAACCCCAACGGACCAGAAAACAGACACCGACAACCACUUCCAGGUUAUGUCUGUCCACAGGAGGACAUCGAUAGAACCGGUUGUCGCGGACCUAAAGACUGUUUGUAUCCGAAUCCGGCUGAUUGUCACUCAUUCAUACAGUGUAAUGAUGCGGGACUGGCCUACGAGAUGCCCUGCGCUCCAAUAGAUCUCGUCUAUAAUGAUACAAUUAAAGAGUGCGACUGGGAAUCAAACACACCGUGUCGUCCAACAACACCGAAACCCAGAACAACCAGAGUUCCUACAACUGAACCCCUGACUACUGAACCUCCAACUACUGAGACUCCAACUACUGAACCCCCGACUACUGAACCCCCGACUACUGAACCUCCAACUACUGAACCCCCGACUACUGAACCUCCAACUACUGAACCCCCGACUACACAACCGCCAACUACUCAACCUCCGACUACUCAACCCCCGACCACUCAACCUCCGACCACUCAACCCCCGACCACUCAACCUCCGACUACUCAACCCCCUACCACUCAACCUCCGACCACUCAACCCCCGACAACUCAACCUCCGACCACUCAACCCCCGACCACUCAACCCCCGACCACUCAACCUCCGACCACUCAACCCCCGACUACAGAACCUCCGACUACUAGAACUCCAACUACUUUAGAGCCAACCACCCAAACAACUCCAAAGCCAACUUCAGGACCGUUUGUUUGUUCAGUUGAAGACAUAGCACGAACCCAAUGCAAGGGACCAAUAGAUUGUUUGUAUCCCAAUCCUGAAAGCUGUACCACAUUUAUACAGUGCACUGUCAACGCUGAUGAACGUACCGGUACACCGGUGGUGAUGCCCUGUGCGGCAGAUCUCGAAUGGAACGACAAUACAAAACGGUACAUAAUGAAAUUUAUUAUAUUUUCAAUUAUAAUAUCUGUUGUUAGCGCAAGAAAUGGUCAACCCAUACCCGGUUAUGUUUGUCCACAGGAGGACAUCGAUAGGACAGGUUGUCGCGGACCUAAAGACUGUUUGUAUCCAAAUCCGGCUGAUUGUCACUCAUUCAUACAGUGUAAUGAUGCGGGACUGGCCUACGAGAUGCCCUGCGCUCCAAUAGAUCUCGUCUAUAAUGAUACAAUAAAAGAGUGCGACUGGGAGUCAAACACACCGUGUCGUACAUCAACACCUAAACCAACACAAGCGCCUACCGAUGCAACAACUGGACGACCAACAACUGAUGAAUCCACUGAUCCGUCAACGGAUGGAUCAACAAGUGAGUCGACAUCACAGCAAACAGUUGAACCUACAUCUAGACAACCAUCUUCUAGUCAAACACCAGUAGAGAGCACUACCGAUGCCCAGCCAUCCACUACUACUACAAGUAGACAGCCGUCUACAGAAGAGCCAACAAGUGAGACAUCUGUAGAGCCGUCAUCUCAGGCUCCGACACAGCGACCAACUUCGGGACCGUUUGUCUGUCCCAUUGAUGACAUCCAGAAAACCGAAUGCAAAGGACCCAAAGAUUGUCUGUAUCCCAAUCCAGACAACUGUAACUCAUUUAUUCAGUGUACUGUCAAUCCUGACGGCACCGGUAGUCCAGUGGUUAUGCCGUGUCCUUCAGAUCUCGAGUGGAACGACAAUAUCAAACAAUGCGUUUAUCCAGAAAAUUCUACCUGUCCUAAGGGUUCAACACCAUUACCAUCAACGACAUCACAGCAAACAGAUGAGCCAACCAGUGGACAACCAUCCAGUCAAACACCAGUACAAAGUACUACCGAAGCUUCUACUACUACUUCAACACAACUACCGACUACUGGAGAGUCGUCGACAACUGAGGAACCAUCGACUACUGAACAGCCGUCUACUACUACUACCGAAGCUGCUUCCAGUCCGACAACAAAGACAACUAGCGAAGCGCCGACCACUCAGACACCAAUUGAAAGCACUACCGGUUCGGGUCCGACAUCUACUACACUACAGACCACUACUUGUAUUCCCGUCUCAGAUGAGGACAGCGAUGACGGUCUAGAUUUGGAUGAGUUGUGUCGAAAUGAAAACUGUUCGUCCGUUAGACGAACGGUUAGCCAUCCGUCCAAUGAAUCAAAAUAUAUUAUAUGUGACAAUAAAGAGGGAAAUACUGUUAACAAAUGUGCGCCCGGUUUGCUCUGGGAUUCAAAAGGACUGUCAUGUAAUUAUGCCGGACUUGUUAGCAGUAAUGGACACAAAUCACGAUAUUAACC